AUGGAGAAGAGCUUCAGGCGUCGAGGGAGAGAGCUUGAGGCGUCGAGAGAGAAGCUCGAUGCGUCGGAGAGAGAGAGAGCUCGUGGCUGCGUGCGUCAGGAGAAGCUCGUGGCUGCGUGCGUCGGGAGAAGCUCGAGGAUAGUCGGAGAUGGAGAUGAGCUCGAGGUUGGUCGGAGAUGGAGAUGA